GAGUCGAAGGGGCUUCCAACAGUUUUGUCAGUCAAAUCAAAUCAAAUUAUAUUCAUUACAUUCGCAUAUUCACGCGGUGUGUGUGUCUGAGAGUCUGUGAGAUGGAACAACCAAUUAAUAAACUGCGAUACUAUCUGAGGGAUGAGAUAGUGCUGCACAACAAGAAGGACGACUGCUGGAUCAGCAUACACAACAAUGUCUACGAUCUGACGGCCAUGAUACGCGAUCGUUUCGAUCACUGGAAUAGCAACAUGGACUAUCUGGUGGCACAUGCGGGCAAGGAUCUGACACAUUUCUUCCAUGAGAACGGGGAGCCACGCACGGAGAUAUCGGCCAGAACUGGCCGUCCCCGUGUUCUCUUUCCGCCCAUACUGGAGGUGGCACUCAGCGAGUUUGCCAAGACCAGUGGCGCCAUGUGGAGUCAGGAUCCCCUCUAUCACAUUGGCAGAGUGACGCAGCGGGCACGCCUCAUACGCAUCAUCAAUGCGCUGACGGCCCAGACCCUGUUCCUGACGGUGUGCAACGAGGACAGCAUCUACGACAUCCAGCAGAAGUACAAGCAGCGCUACAAUCACCAUGCGGGCAGCUACGAGUGGCGCAAGUUCUCCCAUGGAGGCACGGCCUGCGGGCAGCUCGACCUGAGCGGCACCUUGGACGAGAACGGUCUGACGGAUGAGGAGGAGAGCUCUGUGGAUCUGCCACCGCCCUCCAUUUGGCUGUACUACACAGAUGAUAUAACCAUUGCUUGAGUCUUGGGUUCGGUUUUUAUUGGAAAUUCGUUGUGCUGCAGGCCAGACUGCAACUUGGGCUGGCCACUCCGUUUAGAAUACAAUUUAAGAACAAAUUUCAACAAAUGUCAU